CACACCUGGAGUUCAGAGAUGUCUUCCACCUGGUGAUACCCGAAUGAGGGUCCCAGGCUGAGGAGCAGAAUCCUUUCCAGCCUUGCCCAGAAGACCCUGGAAGACCUGCGUAUAUAGGGAGGGCCAGAACGCUAGCUCUCCACUGCACUGCCCAGAGGCCCCUGCCUGACUCACUGCCAGCCUUCGGUCCCUGCGUUGCCAAGAAGAACAUGGACGUCACCAUCCAGCACCCUUGGUUCAAGCGCGCCCUGGGGCCCUUCUACCCCAGCCGACUCUUCGACCAGUUUUUCGGCGAGGGCCUUUUUGAAUAUGACCUGCUGCCCUUCCUGUCUGCUACCAUCAGCCCCUACUACCGCCAGUCUCUCUUCCGCACGGUGCUGGACUCUGGAAUCUCCGAGCUCAUGACCCAUAUGUGGUUUGUAAUGCACCAACCACAUGCUGGAAACCCCAAGAACAACCCCAUCAAGGUCCGAUCUGACCGGGAUAAGUUCGUCAUCUUCUUGGACGUGAAGCACUUCUCUCCUGAGGACCUCACUGUGAAGGUGCAGGAGGACUUCGUGGAGAUCCAUGGCAAGCACAACGAGAGGCAGGAUGACCAUGGCUACAUCUCCCGUGAGUUCCACCGUCGCUACCGUCUGCCUUCCAAUGUGGACCAGUCCGCCCUCUCCUGCUCCCUGUCUGCGGAUGGCAUGCUGACCUUCUCUGGCCCCAAGGUCCAGUCCGGCUUGGAUGCUGGUCACAGUGAGAGGGCCAUUCCUGUGUCACGGGAGGAGAAGCCCAGCUCGGCCCCCUCGUCCUAAGCAGGCCUUGCCUUGGUUGUCCCCUGAGGCCCCUGACCCAGGGGCCACAGCAGUCUGCCUUCCUACCUUCCUUUCUUUCUCUUUGUUCCCUUUCCAUUUUCUCAGAGGGUUGAGGGUUUGGGGGAGUGGCUUAGAGAGCUUGGGGUCUUGGCCUGAGGUGCUGCGGGUUCAGGGUGACCCAGGCUCAACACCGGCCGGUUGGAGGGAAUGAUGGCAUGGAACUCUUGAGAUACGAUCUGUCCUCCUGGAAUGUGGCAUCUGAGCGCUGCUCCAAAGGCAGAGUGGGUGGUGGCUAACCAACUCUGAGAGCCCUCUGCCGGGCCCCUGGGUGGCAGCCUCUCCUCUUGCCCGUACUCACUGAAGGCUCAUGUGCUGGGCUCCGACCGCCAACUUCUCUCAACCCCUCUUCCUGAGACUUUCUCUAUGUAGUAUUGCUCUUGGGGACCCUGGUCACCCAUGAGAAUGGAGCCCCUGGCAGACAAUAAAGAGCAGGUGACAGAAGCAA